UUAGCUGCAUGAUUAAUGUUUUACAGACAAAUCGUGUCCAUUAUUGCCCCAUGAUGUGUGUUGACAUCAACACAGCUGAUAAGCACUCCAGUUGAUUACCCACAAAGAUUUACUUCCCACUAAAAGCUUUCGCUUUCAAUCGCUAAAAUAUCAUUCCUAAAAAUAUGCUGUCGAUCAACCCGCCCAGCAGUAUCAGUGCCGACUUACUUUAUUAGAAUUUAUUUUUGAGCUGUGAAAAAUGAUAUGAAGCUUAAACGUCUUAAAUACACUGUGCGUGGUAAGCUACUUGUAGAUCGUCGUCUUCUCGUGAACAUAUUUAUUGUAAAAACAAACUGACAAUUUUUUUCCUUAAAUCUUGUUUUCAUUUCACCGUUUUAACUGAUAAAGUCUGUUGGCUGACUGUAUUUCCCAUGCCAGCGAUACAGAUCGAAUAUAAGCAACAGUGCCGACCCCGACUAAUAUUAUUAUAAAUACACACUUAAUGUGGCGUCAACACUCACCAUUCAUACCAAUGGUUAUCAGUCACUUCCUUUGUUAGACAAUGCCCUAUUGAUUACUCACUUUUGAUAUUGUAUACACCUUGUCUGAACUUAUCAUGCACGGCACGUUCAAACAAUCUACUGAACAAUGAUUUCCAAGGCAGAAUUUAAGCUUAACAUUCAUUAAUUUCCUGAUUACUAAUUUUUUAAGGACCGAGACAUAUUCGUUUACUGGUAAAUGCAAGGAAUUUAUUUCAAUUCAGUCAUAAUCCAGUGUUAAAAAUCUGUGAAACAAUCGGUUUAUGUACAGUCCGAUAUUUACAAGAUCUUUGAUUUCAUUUCUGAUGAAAUUGUAUUAACAGUUUCAAUCGGCCUUUUCAUGUAUGCUUAUUGCAUUAGGCAAUUCUAAUUAUAUUUCACAUCUCAAUUGAGUUAUUUUUUAUUCAAAUUAUUGAAUGUAGUUCAGGUCACCCCAAAACUUGUAGAAAUCUCUCUGAAUCUGCUCAAAAACAUGAGUCUUUCAUUGGAAUCAAAUCCAGUAAACAUCAGCUACAUUUCUGUUACCUGAUCCGUUGAUACUGAUAACACUAUAAAGUGUGGGUGGGGUAGUGUUUGUGAUGAGGUUGGGGUUAGGGCUCAUCUAUAAAAUCAAUACUACUAAUUAGCCUUGACUUUGAUAACAGUACUUGUAGUCAGGCAAAGUGUGGGCAAGUUUGAGCAAGGCUGUUAUCCCAUUGUGUGACAAGAAGGCAAUACAAAGCAAUAUACUAAUUAUGUCAAAACAUGUUUCUGUGGAUCGUUGGUUGAACAAGACAUGUGGAAUGAGCAGAGAAUGUAAUACAAAAACAGAAGGCAGUGCUAUGUUUUACCAUGAUCCAAGCAGGUCUGUGAGGGAAGCUCCAUUCUACAACAACAGAGGGAGUGAUCAUCAGUUUUACUCAAACCCCGAGGACAUCAGGAAACAUGUCCGCCCACAGAGCUGGUACGGAGCUCAAACCACGGAGAGAAAAUCUAAAGAGAGACCCCAGAGCAUUCACGAAAUUUCACUGGAUCGUAGCAAACAGAACAGCUCUUUUAAUCAUGGACAUGAUUACGGCAGUGCACCUUAUGAAGGGCAUUCAUCAAGGUCUGGACUUAAGAGUGCUCGCUUUAGAGACCGAAGGAACAGACAGUUUGAGUCAUCGAGAUCUUUAUCCUCGAGUUAUAGCUCACAAGUAGGGUCAUCUGCUGACGAAGGAGAAAGAGAUCACCAUGGAGUCUAUUCUGCUUAUGAUAUGACUGAAAGAUCUCCUUACGGGUCGCUCGUGCUAAGGCGUUACAGCCAAUCAAGUUUGAGCUCUUCCAGCGCUUCUUGGCAACAGUCCACCAACUCGCUGAGUCAUCACGCUGUUAGAGGACAGUGGGGAUCUGGGUCUUUAGGUUCCAAUUCCCCGGAGAAAUUCCACGGACAUAGGGACCAUCAACGCCAAACAACGCAUAAAGCAGUUUUUCUGAAGAACUCUCCCAAGAUUUCCGAACACGUUUCACCUACAAAUGCGACUUUUAUUUCCGCGGUACCUGCCGAUCAUUUCUCAGGUCAUAGAAUUCGCGUCAACGCCCAACCUCAUCGGUCUCACAAUCCUCGUGUGUACGCUCAAGCAACGCCUUAUUCGUCCAGUCAGCAUAUCACGACAUCUGUUCCAGCUCGAUCAUAUAGUCACGACGUCACGCAUUCCUCCGAUAGCGUUACACAGGUAUUCCCAAAUGUCACGCAAGUCUCAGUUACGCACGAACAAGAAGACAAGCAACUUAGUCCUUCGGUGAAAGAUUUAGCUAAACGUUUCAGUGGCGAGUUUUUCUCUGAGUCUUUUGAGGAACUGCAGUAUCAAAUGGAUGAGAGAGAUCGGAGGAAAGUUAAGGCACAGACCUGGCCAAAGUUUGCCUACGUCCACUCUCCCAAAGAUCGGGUUCUUAGGGUUGAAAAAGAGCAUUCGUUCGAUGAGGCGCCUCCUAAACCGCCUUAUCCUCAGAGCAUUGAGGAAGACAUGGCUGUUAUCGAAACGAACGUGGAAUCGAAAAUAAGCAGCAACGAAGCGGACGGUCUGCUAAAACCUUCUGAUAAGAGUUACAUCGUCACUGCCCACGAGCAAUGGAGUAGCAUUGAUGGUGCUCUAAACGCAGACAUGCUGGCAUCCCAUCGAUUAAGUCUUCAAGAACUUAUCAAGAUACACGAGAACGAGAUUGCCAAGCAGGCCAAAAGUGCCAUGGCAACUGCACAUGCGCAGAUCUACCUUAAGCGUCCACCGAACGAGUGUAAGGCAAGGAACGCGCAAAGCCCACCGAUGUCACCUCGCGAGAAUUCAUGGGAUAGAAAGUGGGAUGGGGCGCCGCCACAGUUUGGAGUUGUUAACAGAGACAACCGUAAGCCAGUCGUUGCUCAAUAUGAGGUGACAGAUCUGAAGCCGGUCGAUAGAGCACCUAUCAAGGUUAUUGAGGUCACUGAAAAGGGCAGCACAACUUCUGUUAACUCUGAAAUGCGAGAACGACUCCCUGUGAAAGCUAAACGGCAUCGCACAAUUGGUGUUGUCGGGUUUCGACAGCAAAUCGAUCGCGUAUCCGAGGAAAAGGCCGAGAAUAAACCGAAGCGACACACGGCGAUCGGGAUUGUAAGCGUGAAGGCGGUGGCAACGCCAGAACGUCAGUUGGUGAAAGAAGAGACAGUUAUCGUAAGCCAUGUAGGUUAUGGUCUCAACAUGGUUUCCGAAAAGGGACUAGACGGCCUAGACAGCGGACAGAGGGACAAUGCUGAGUUAGUGAACCAAGAUUCUCGACAAUCAGCAGGCAAUCUGCGAACUAAACAGCAUAAAGAGUACGAUUUUCAUGCAGAAAGGGCCAAGCGAACUGAGAUGCAAGAUGAAGACGCACUGGAUGAGGUUUUCCAGCGUGAUGAAGAUACAAUACAGGUCGUACGCUCGCAAGGCGUCGUUCAAGUUCGGCCGGAUUCCGAUCAUAACCGAGAGCGUAAGACAGCGAGGUCGGAUGAAAUUGCGAAAGGCGAUGGAUUAACCAGAAUUGCCGUUGCAUCUCCUGACAAGCCAAGUCAACCAGUUGAACCGUUUAGCACUAAGCCGUCAAACUUGCAUUUCCACAAGUCAGAUGCUCGAACAUGGAAUGUAGCGGUUUCAAGUCAAGCUUAUAACUACCCUAAACCAUACACCAUCUCCAAAGCUGUUCCCGUGGCCCAGGUCUCUCCUGUUAGUCCAGCUCUUGAGCAAACAUCCAGAGCUACCCUUAGUAGAGACAAUCUUGCAGAGCCCUCUCCACUUUCCCGAUCACAAUCAGCAAGAGAGAUGUAUGAAACUAGGCUCGCGUUAUGGAAUUUGUACCCCCCUGACACCAGCCCCGAGAUACAUUCGACUGAAACUUCGGGCAACACAACAUCACAGGAGAAAAUUAUCGUCGAAACCGAACCUAUUCGUUUAGGGUCGGAGAAGGUUUUGCAUGCACCCAAACAAACAUCGAUUCGCGAGAACGAGCCGAGAGGGAUUGUACGGCAGGACAUGGAAGAAUACUAUUUGAAUUUGAUCGAGAAAUUGAAAAACGAGAACAAGGACUUGAUCUCGAAGCACGAAGCGGAGAAACGGGAACUGAGACAAAAGUACGAGGAACAAAGGAAAGUGGCGAACGCUUAUCAAAAGCUCGAAGACCGCUAUCGUCGCCGUGUGCACGAGUUGCAGGAAGCUUUGUCAGGUUGCACGUGCCAGAGUCCAUUUGUCAAUCAAACUCACGUGAACGUAUCGCAGAGUUUGAGCAAUCGAAGCGAUAAGGACGGAGACAGAUCAGCAGCCUCGAGCAUCAAAGGAAUAAAAAUUCUUGACGACCUCGACGACUGGUUGAGCGAACACUCCAAAAACAAUGGUGCUUCUUCUAAAAAGAACAACAACACAGCAAGUAGAAAUAGUCUGAUCAGCACCUCGUCCGACAUGACGGGGACCGCGUCCGCCUGGGACGAGCUGUACGAUCGUCUCAGAGCCACUGGGGAGAUUGAUGUCGAGAACGGAACGCAUGUGUGACGUCACAGUGCACGGACGCCAUGUUGGUUCAGGUGACAGUAAGGGCAUGUUCUAUUAAAGCCAACUUCUUCAACGACAACCAGCUUUAGAUGAUUGGGUUUGAAUUUAACCUGACAAUCAGAUGUUGUAAAGUAAAACUCUCGCGUACUAUCAGUUUCUUUGGGCAUAUGCUGUGAUUUGGUCAGACUUUUUUCUCGCAAAAAAGUUGUCCAAAACUUGUCCCUUCAACCGACGUUUUGAUGAAGAUGUUUGAACUUGGGGUGGCUAAUUGAUCAGGCAAUGAAAACGUUUGAUCAUUUAGCAAAAGGCUGGGGUUUCCGAGUUGCCUUAGCCUCUCUUUUAAAGCGAGGCCUGGUGCAGAACCAUUCAUAUGAAAAUGAGUUUGAUUUGCAUGUGAAUGAAAUUUCAUUUUCUUAUAAAAGGUGGACACCAAGACUCGCUUUGAGAAAGAGGCUAAAGGUAAUUCGGAAAUGGCAUAUUUCCCUUAUUUCGAUAGAGAUUUAGAAAUGCAGUAGAUAAUGCUUUAGAAGUCCCCCUUAUCUCCUUUAUCGUCGAAGUUUCAUUGCUUAUCAAUCAAGUCCAUUUGUCACUACCAUGGGUAGGUAGAAAUUAACCUAAGUAAACAUGAUUACCGCUUUGGGUACGCAUUCUCUUCAGGCACUCUGAUUUUAGUUUGUUUUGUCAAGUUUUCGUGUAGUUUUUGUCCCAAUGCUUGUGUUAGCUCUUAUUUAUAGCGUGUAAAUUUCUUACUCGACCUCGUGGCUCCAAAUUAUAAAUCGAUUUAAAAGAACGUCGGGAAAUUAUAUAAAAACAAUAUAAUAGGUUUAAAACUAAUUUGCCAAAUAAUGCUUCAAAUAAAUGCUGUAAAUAAGACAUAUUAAUUGGAAAGAUGGUCCUAUGAUUCUCAAAAUUGUUAAAAAUUAGUUUUACUAGAAAAGUAAAAACUAUAAUGAGAACGGA